UUCUAUUUCAAGAUUCUAUUAUGUAAUAAUUGAAGCUUACCAAUAUUAGAAUAUUACAUAUGGACCAGGUAGGAUGAAGAAGGUAGGCUGGGAAGAGAGGAUCUGUCCUGAUGAAGUAAUCUAUACAGAAGAAAAGAAAGGCAGCCCUGAAUGUUGGGAUAAGUGACCUUUAAUCCUUAACUUCUGUCAUCCUUAACUUCUGAGAAAUUAUUGGUUACAGAAUAUAGAUUUGAAGAGAAAUGUGUGGAACUGGAAAUAGUGGUUUUUCUUUAAAAGUGAAAUGUUUUUUGAUUGAAUAGGAGAUAUCAAGCUAUUAAAUAUUGGAGAAAUGGCUUUCAUUUGUUUGGAUAUCAGAUGCCUGUGUAUCUUUCUUAUAUACACAACAUGUGACUACGUAUUGUCUUCAGACACCGAGAUAAAAGUUAACCCUCCCCAGGACUUUCAGAUAGUGGAUCCUGGAUAUUUAGGUUAUCUCUAUUUGCAAUGGCUACCACCACUGUCUCUGGAUGAUUUUAAGGAAUGUACAAUAGAAUAUGAAUUGAAAUACCGAAACAUUGAUAGUGAAAGAUGGAAGACCAUCAUUACUAAGAAUCUACAUUACAAAGACGGGUUUGAUCUUAACAAGGGGAUUGAAGCAAAGAUACACGCAGUUUUACCAGGGCAAUGUGCAAAUGGAUCAGAGGUUCAAAGUUCAUGGUCAGAAGCUACUUAUUGGAUAUCACCACAAGGAAAUCUGGAAACUAAAAUUCAGGAUAUGGAUUGUAUAUACUACAACUGGCAAUAUUUACUCUGUUCUUGGAAACCUGGCAUGGGUGUACAUUUGGAUGCCAAUUACAACUUGUUUUACUGGUAUGAGGGCUUGGAUCAUGCAUUACAGUGCGAGGAUUACAUCCAGGCUAAUGGAAAAAAUGUUGGAUGCAGAUUUCCCUAUUUGGAGUCAUCAGACUACACAGAUUUCUAUAUCUGUGUUAAUGGAUCAUCAGAAUCCAAGCCUAUCAGAGCCAGCUAUUUCAUUUUUCAACUUCAGAAUAUAGUUAAACCUUUGCCACCAGACUACCUUAGUCUUACCAUGACAAAUUCAUAUGAAAUUAACCUGAAAUGGAGCUUGCCUAGAGGACCCAUUCCAGCAAAGUGUUUCAUUUAUGAAAUUGAGUUCACAGAAGAUGACACUACCUGGGUGACUACCACAGUUGAAAAUGAAGUGUACAUCACGAGAACAAGAAAUGAAAGCCAACAAUUAUGCUUUAUAGCAAGAAGCAAAUUGAAUAUUUAUUGUGCAGAUGAUGGAAUUUGGAGUGAAUGGAGUGAUGAAUAUUGCUGGCAAGGUGACAAAUGGAAGGAAGCUUUGAUAUUUUUCUUGCUACCAUUAGGUUUUAUCUCAGCAUUAGUUUUCUUUGUAAGUUAUCUGGUUUUGUAUAAGCAAGAAACUAUACCAAAAAUGGGUUUUCAUACAAAAAAGGAAGUUUUUUCUCAUCAAGAGUCACUCUGUUGACUUACCAAUUUCCAGUUAUAUGGACAAAUAUUAAACAUGAGUCUUAUUAAAAUUAAUUUUUUCUUCAAA